AUGGGUUUAAUUUACCGUAAAGCAUGUGUGUUUGUAUUGGUAUUUGCGUUGGUCACAGAUUUUACAAUGGGAGAAACAGAGUUUGGUGAUGACAAGCACUUGUUUCCUCACCCUCGUCCAUUCCUCCACAAAGGUGGCAUCCACAAGAAGGGCUUUAAGAAAGGCUUCGGCGAUUUAGGCGGUGGAGGUCUAGGUGGUGGAGGCGGCUUUGGAGCAGGAGGUGGCGGUGGUUGGAUUGGAGGCGGGAUUGGAGGCUUUAGUGGAGGAAUAGGCGGUGGAUUUGGUGGUGGUGCUGCUGGAGGGGGAGGAGGAUUCGGCAGCGGUGGAGUAGGUGGUGGUGCCGGUGGAGGAGUUGGCGGUGGUGCUGGUGCCGGUGGAGGUCCUGGAGGAGUUGGUGGAGGAACCGGCGUUGGUGCUGGCGGAGGAGUUGGCAGCGGUGCAGGCGGAGUAGGCGGCGGUGCCGGUGGAGGUCAGUGA